AUGGAGGCCCUACAAGCUCAACAAGAUCGUCUCAAACAACUCGAAAAAGAGGUCGUGCACCAACGGGAAGCCAAGAAGGACCUUCGAAGAGAAACCAGGCGACGCCGAGAGCUAGAUGACAAGCUCCUAAAGCUCGAGGCUAAUCUCAAAGCUAAAACCAUUCAAUCCAAUCACAAUGACAACUCUCACAAGGAUCAAGAUCCCUUCACCAAAGAAAUCAUGAAAGCUAAAGUUCCAAAGGAUUUUAAAGCUCCCGACAUGACCCCAUACGGCGGUAUUUCCGAUCUAAGCCAUCAUCUCAGCAAUUUUAGAAGUAGAAUGUAUCUCACCGAUGCCUCGGACGCUAUUCGAUGCAAAGCCUUCCCAACUACCCUAACAAAGAUAGCAAUCAAGUGGUUCGACAGUUUGCCUCCUAGAUCCAUCACAAGUUUUGACGACCUAGUGAAAAAGUUUCUUGCUAGAUUCUCCAUCCAAAAGGAUAAAGCCAAACACGCUCCAAGCUUAUUAAGGAUCAAGCAAGGAGACUGCGAGAGUCUUCAUAACUACAUGGAAAGAUUCAACAAAGUAUGUCUAGACAUACAAAGUUUGCCAAUGGAAGCAGCCAUCAUGUGUCUUAUCAAUGGCUUGCAAAAAGGACCUUUUAGCCACUCCAUAUCAAAGAAACAUCCUACGUCAUUAAACGAGGUACAGGAGAGGGCAAAAAAAUACAUUAACAUGGAGGAGAACUCUCGACUAGGGGAGACCUCAAAACCUGGUUACCCCUACCCAUCUCGGGAUAAGGACAAAGACUCCAAGAAAAAAGAAGACCAACAUGGAGAGAAACCUAAAAAAUACCACCAUUACACCCCACUUCGAGUAUCUCUUGUGGACGUCUACCGAGAGAUAUGCCACACAGAGAAGAUUCCACCACCUCACCCAAUUUAA